GUUUGUUUUUCUACUUAGUUAGAUAUAAACAUUCGUAAGGAGUACAUGUGCACAGCGGAUUAACAUUAAUUAUAAUUUUUAUUGUUGUUUGUUUAAUUAAUAACAAUAAUAGGUGUAGUGCGUAGUGUGCGAGGCCAGUGUCGUGCGGGAACUAGUAACCGCGAGAGUUUAGAGUGUACGCGUCCUCCGCUGUUGAGCUGGACCAGCAACAAGCCCGGCAAGUCGAGUCUCGUGUGUCCGCUGAUCCGGCUUAAACGUCACGCUCGAUCCGCUCCGGCAGCCGAUCAGCUGUUUAAUCCUCUCCCGCGGGUUUCUCUGUAGUGUUCCUCGGGAUCACCGACAGACGCAUCGGUCAUCGAUCGCACGCCUAAUCGAUGUUUUGUUCGUUAUCUACCGAAGAGCAGUGAUACGCAUUAACUUGGAUAAGCCAGCAUGCUUAGGGCGUUGUGAAGAGGUGUGUGAACAAGAUCAACUGAUCACUAUGACCCAAGUGCAGUGCUAAUUACUCAAAUCAAUGAAUGGGUUAUUUAUGUAGAGCAAGCGAUAUCUGAUGACACACAUUUUGGAGUUCAGUGAGAAAGUGUCACCUAGGAACGGGUUGUAGGUUGGUAGCUAAACCCUUGAAGAAGUGCUGUAGCAAAGUGAGUUGCUAGCAACCAGUGUUUGUUAAGUGUGAUAAAUCAGUGAGAUCAAGUGUUUCCCGAACAUCAGUGAGGUUUUUUUUUGUGACCACCAGUCUGCAGAGAUAGCCGUAACAAUUUUUCCCUUCGGAGAGCUGCAUUCGUCGAUCGGGAGCCCCGGAAAUCCUACAGCACCAGCGCCGCCGCCUGCCAUCAUCGGUUCUCCGGAUCAGCAGCAGCAAAAAAUUAGCACCGUGGCGCUCCAUUCGACCGAGGCCCUGAUGGCGGGCUUUCUCAAGUCGACUGACCUCGGUCCGCACGGUCCGCACGGAUACGGCAGUUCGCACCACCCGCACCAUGCCCAUCCGCACGGACCGUUGCCGCCCGGAAUGCCUAUGACAUCGCUUGCCCCGUUCGGCUUGCCCCACGGGCUCGAUGCUGUAGGAUUCCCGCAAGGUAUGUGGGGUGUGAACCCACGAAAGCAGCGACGGGAACGAACGACCUUCACCCGGGCCCAGCUGGACGUUCUGGAGUCCCUGUUCACCAAAACGCGCUACCCGGACAUCUUUAUGCGCGAGGAAGUUGCGAUGAAGAUCAACCUGCCCGAAUCACGAGUACAGGUUUGGUUCAAGAAUCGGCGUGCCAAGUGUCGUCAGCAGCUUCAACAUCAGACCUCCUCGAACCUCAACAGUAGUAAAACGUCCAGUAGUUCAUCCAGUUCGUCCACGCGGCAAUCCAACGCCGGAACCGGUUCUUCAUCAUCAUCAAACAACAAUAACAACGCAACAGCCACCGGUGCCAGUAGUAAUAAGACUUCGUCGAUCGCCAACGCGAACAAUAAGCCCACGAUCAAACACACGCCCAUGAAUAGCCAUAAUAGUGCGUCCAGCGGAGUCAACAGUGGGGGCGGAGCUAACUCCAGCAAUACUGGUCCAAGUAACCAUUCAAGCAGUCACAAUGGUGCUAGUCUAGGAAUAUCCCAUAGUAAUGCCUCGCCGAUCCUUCCAAUUACGCCAUCAACUUCGGUGAGUCCACCAAUCAAUGUGAUCUGCAAAAAGGAACAACCGUCCUUCCACCACAACGCUAACGACUCGAUGAAGGCUUCGUCUGGGUAUGAUCUAUUGAAAGAUCCCGAGUUAAGCCUAUCCCACCACGCGCCAGCUUAUGUGAACAUCAAUUCUCGGUUAGGUCAGUCACUGGGCUCCGGUGGGGCUGGCGUUUCGAACGGGACUUCAGCGGGUAGUCUAACACCACUUGGUUCGAGUUCAUCGAUAAUGACACCUUCACCUCCUACCACUCCACAAACCUCACAUAAUCCGCUGUCGUACGUGCCAAACCACGAAACGUACAACUUCUGGCACAACCAGUACCAACAGUAUCCGAACAACUACAAUGCUCCAUCCUACUACAGCCAGAUGGAUUACUUCCAGAACCAGAACCAGAGCAACUACAACAUGGGCCACAGUGGCUAUACGACAUCAGCCAACUUCGGGCUAGCCUCGACGUCUGCCCUCACCGGACCCAUGGGAGGGCAAACCUUCAGCCCCAAUGGGCUCGACUACAUGAAUCCCCAGGACAAAUAUGUAAAUGCUAUGAUGUCACAUCCGCAAAGAUUACCAACCAUCGUCGAACAAAACGCUAUCAAGUUCCAAUUUCGCCAGUCUUCUCACAACCAUAUCAUAUCGAGCGAACGAUAAUCAACCGGUUCGUUGCCCUGUUUGUUUAAUGUUAUGCUAAAAAGAUUUGAGUUUUGUACCUCAAGUCAAGGAAAACCAUUAUUUAUUUGUUAGGCUGCCAUAGGACGGACGAACAAGUUGAAACACGAAACGGAAACUUCAAACGUUUCGCAAAGUUCGAAGUGUAGUGUAAAAAGGAUUUAUAGUGAAUCAAUCAAAAUUGAGGAAGAAUCGAUAUCAAAUUGUUCAUAUCAGUAUUUUUUUGAUAGGAUCAAAAAGUGAACGCAAGUAUUUAACAAACGAAGCGAAGGAACAUCAAUACAUCGAUUUGCAAGCGCCAAAUGUGUUACAAAGUCUCCUUAUAUGAAAAUUUAAAGAAUGCACGUUUAUCGAAAGAAGGUGAUAAUCCAUUUCUGGCGCUCGAUCUGCUUCAAGCGAAUUCCAGUACCACUAUGGAUGAGAACCAAAUGUAAAAAAAAAUCAUGCAAAAUCUGAUAUAAAAAUGCUCACUCGUGUGUAGGAUAGUUAAGGCACCGCUAAGCAAACUACGGUGAGAGAAAUUGUGCAAUUUAUGUUUGAGAAGGGAAAACAAAACAAAGUGAAUGAGAGCUCUUUCCAGUGGGCAUAAUUUUGUGUGCUCAGUAUUUGCGUAUUCUCGUUUCCUCUCGCCAUUUAGCCGAAAUACUCAAGCAAGACUUGAUUCGUUUUAUUAGGGUUUGCUGAAAAGAUAUUUUUUUCAGUCGUAUUUUUUUUUUUCAUUUUAAUUAUUGUUUUUAAGACACUCCAUCGGAAAAAUGGAAAGCAAAUGAAAAACCACGAUACAAUUUAGGUAAAACUUAGGAUUAUACCAUUAAAUGAAAACAAGAGCCCUUCUAAAUGCUAUAUAAUUGUACAUGGAUCGCUGAUUUAGAAGUAAUGUAAGCAAAUGCGCACUUGCCGUUCCUAACGGAGGUCGCUAACAAGAGAUUAUCGAAUCACGAGAGAUGUAAUAUGUGAAAAGCAACACUGCGGUUACGUGUCGGUAAAAAAAUGAUUGCUAAUUCAUGGAUAAGUAAGACAUUGAUCAGAUAAUCUCCUAUUGUAUAUAGUAAAGCGAAAUAUUAUAAAAUUAUA